AUGGCGUCUACAGAGCAAGCACCUGCAGCUCCCCCUUCGACAACUGUUCCACAACCGCGUUACGUACCCGGAGCCCCGCCUCCAUCAAGUAUAUCAAAGAAAUCGAGAAAAAAGACCAAGUCUGGAGCAAAGAGCUUGGUCAUUGCGGCACAUGAAGCUGCACUCUCGGACCAUGCGCCGGAUGCGGAAGAGGUGAAGGCGGGCAAAGUCGAUCCAUCGUUGUUGGCAAACCCUCCGCCUCCGUCGAGUGGUGGUGGUGAUACUGGCGAUCAUACCGAGGCAGAUGAGCCGACCCACGAGUUCGAUUCCGAAAAAAGCUUGGUUGUAGACGCGAUCUCGAAGCGCAUCAGGCAUUGGCAAGAAAGCGAGCGGAUCGAGCAGCAAAAACUCGCAGACCAACGAGUUGCUGAGGCCUCUCAGCAAGCCGAGGUACGCUUCGCUUCUCCCACGAAUUACGUCACUGCUUUCCUUGCCCUCCGUAACCUCCUCACGCACUCCACUCCUACCGAUCUCUCAAUAUCCGAUCCCGAACGAAACGCGAUUCUCAGUGCAGGCGAGGUAAUUCUCGCUCAUCCUCCUGUUGGUCACGUGGAAGAAAUCGUAAAAGGAUUCUUAUCAGGCGCUGGAAGCUGGGAGGAUGUUGAAUAUUCUCGUCUCAUUGAGAUAACCCAAUUUGUUGCUCCUCGACCACCCACUCCUAUCCCCGACCCAUCCAUUCCCCUCGACCCGCACAACACGCAUGAGGUCCAACCCGAGCCACCAGCACCUGAGGAGCCCCAGGAUGAGCCUGAAUCAUCUGAGCCAGUUGUUCUCGGCUUCGUUCCUCAGUCAACAGGUGGCGGAUUCCACUUUAUGCAAGAGUCUGAACUUGAGGCUCCAGCUGCUAUGAGCGAAUCGCAGGAAUGGGUAUCUGUUCCUCCCAGGCGAACCCUCAAGGAGGACGUUGUCGAUACAUGGGGCGCUGCCGCCGGCGCCGAUGUCGCUGGUGGAGCACCACUUGACUGGGCUGCAACUGGGGAUGAGGGCGAUGAAUUGCCAGACCUUGUGGACUUCAAGGUAAAGCAUCUUCAGGCGAAACAUACUCCCACUACAUUUGGUGGCUCGGGAACAGCAACCCCUGUUGCCCAAGCAGCGCCUACUACUGCCAGUCCUACGUCCGCUCCUGCAGGGAAGAGUGUCACGAUCGACGACGACGGAUUCACCGCCAUCCCCGCUCGUCGUGGACACGCACAGCGUGGGUCCUUUAAUCGUGGACGUGGAGGGCGUGGAGGAGAGGGUGGAUACCGUGGACGCGGCGCUUUCCGUGGCGAAGGUGGUCGUGGGCGGGAAGUGGGUUCCGUGGGGAUGGUGAGGCGUGGUGGAUAUCGUGGAGAUGGAGAAGGACGUGGUGGCUAUCGCGGAGAUGGGGAAGGACGUGGCGGCUAUCGUGGAGAAGGAGAGGUGCGUGGUGGGUACCGUGGAGAGGGUGAAGGAGGUUAUCGUGGACGCGUCGAGGAGGAUAUAGUAGCGGAGAAGGCGAAGGUGGUCGCGGUCGCGGUGGAGUUAUCGUGGAAGGGGAGAAGGUCGUGGUGGAAGUGGUUACCGCGGACGUGGCUCUUCUGGUAA